AUGUCUAGCGCUAAAAAACUUCUCGAACAACUGCCCAAACAUAAAAUGAUUCUAGAUCCUAAGAGUUAUAGAAUGGCUCAUCCUGUCUAUUCUCUUAAGGAUAUCGAGACUAUUGCUGUAACCCAUAGAAAACCAGAAAACUUCCGCGAUAAGUUCGCUCUGAACCUUAUCAGAAUUAUGAGAAGUAGCUUUGACUUUGUAACAGGCUAUAAUGAGAAAAAAAUGACCACUUCUUAGUGGCUGAACAGAGUAGUAUUUCUAGAAACUGUGGCUGGAGUCCCGGGAAUGGUUGGGGGCAUGACUAGACACCUUAAGAGCUUGAGAACCCUCAAACCAGACCACGGUUGGAUUCACAACUUGCUAGAGGAAGCUGAAAACGAAAGAACCCACCUUUUUAUUUUCUUGGACCUUAAACAACCAAAGUGGAUGUUUAAGACAAUGAUAGCUAUGGCUUAAGGCGUGUUUUAUAAUCUCUACUUCUUAAGCUAUCUAGUUGCUCCUAAAUAUUGCCACAGAUUCGUUGGCUAUCUUGAGGAGGAAGCUGUCCAUACCUACACUGUCCUUUUAAGAUAAAUCGAUGAUGGCAGCCUACCAGAAUGGAAGAAUAUGCCAGCUACUUAGAUGGCAAAAGAGUAUUAUAACUUGCCGGAAGAUGCUACUCUAAGAGACGUUAUUUUAUCAAUUAGAGCUGAUGAAAGCAUCCACAGAGAGGUAAAUCACUACGUGACUGACCAGCAGGUGGAAGAACCUGUCGAAUCAGAAGAGGUGUAUAUAGUAAAUAGAAAAUAUAAUUCAGGUGACUUUGGUCAUGAACAUAGACUAAUCCAAGAUAUCACUAAGUGA